AUGAAGGUCCGCCGACGGUGGCUCAAGCUAGCACUUGUCACGAUUGUGCUCAUGUUAAAACCAGCGAAUACACAGGUGUACACGAUGCGGAGUGACCUUGGAGAGGACUCCAAAUCGAGUUUGGACACCGGCAAGGAUCUCAGUAACAUGAAAACUUCGACGCCAACUGCGAAGACAGACGCACCACCAGAGACGGAUGAAACUCCCGCAAAAGCACCUCAUACGCUUGCCUUACCAGAGAUGGAAAGUGCGCCACGACCUACAAGUAACAAUCCGAAUGAGACGCCACCAGAAAUUAGUGAAAGUAAAAUGCGGUUACGGCACCAGCAGUCUCUGGAUUGGGACACCCUUUUAGACUCAAAUGUGGAGGAAACAAUUGCCGACCUUAAGACUUCUGGUAAGUCUUCGGUCGAAUCCGGGAAGUCGGAAAACGAGGAGAAGUCUGAGAAAGAGAAAGAGUUUGAAAAAGAGAAGAACUUGGAAGAAGAGAAAGAGUUUAGAAAAGACACGAAGUCUGAGAAAGAGACGAAGUCUGAGAAAGAGACGGAGUCUGAUGAAUCAGGGUCCCCAGCGGCGAAGACAAAAGAGAAGAAGAAUUUAGUGCCCCCUGCCGGUGGUGAUUCAGAACUUGACGAGGCCGGGUCAUUGCCAUCCAGGACCCCAAAGACAUCGUUGGACACGACAUUGGGAUCGGAUGCGGCGUCACCGUCCAAGUCGAGCUUGAAAUCGGCCAAGCCAAUCAAGCAAGAGCCCACGCUCGAACCGACCAACAUAGAGCAGAACGAGACUCCGUCCGAAAUUCAGGACACUGAUGCGACGAAAGACGUGCACUCGACGGAAUCUGAGGCGAGUCCGGCGUCAGAUACUGGAUCUUCUUCGCCGCCAACCUCCGUCCUGACAGACUCUGCUAAUGCAGAGACAGGAGGUAUGUCAAACACUGUAAUGCUCGGACUCAUGAUGGGAAUCGCAAUAGCACUUGGGAUGCUCGUUGCAGUCUUCGUCUACGUCAAGACGCGAGAAAAAGAGGACGUCGAAAAGAUAGACCCUAUCCUGUGGUCAGUACGUCAGGACAGAAACAAGGGAACAGUGCAAUCGUCAACGGUGGCUUCUGACUUUCACGAAAACGACAUUCAAAUCGUGCUCGCGCACUCGCAAAUGUCGUUGCCGCCCAUGGCUCAUAGUGGUCACAGCAACGCCAGCAGUCAAUAUUCCAAUUUCACGGCGCAGUCAGAUUUCUAUGGCAACAGCGGAUACAGCGCAGCUUCUUCAUCUGUGAGUCAGGAUGCUAAGAAUUACCCGAGAAGGCGGGGCAAGGGGAGGAACGAUAGUGGGUCUGAAGAUGAAAGCGAUUACGAAGGCGAUACCAUCCAGGAUAUGUCAUACGCGGCAAACAAGUGGAAAUCUUCGAAUCGAAGAGGUCCAGCAGCCAGCGGGAUAGAUUCGCGAUUCGAUCCUAGUGAUUCUCGCUCUACGUCGGCAAGUGACUACAAUGGCAAGAAUCGCUUCAAGGACUCCGAGUAUACGGAGUACCGUAUGUCGACGGGCUAUGAUAACAGUCAAGUGGGCGGCGGCGGCUACGAUAGCAGCUUUGCCUCUAGUAAAAGUGGUUCUGACAGCAGCUUUAAUGCUAGCCAUAGUGGCUAUGACAAAAGCUUUGCCGCAAGUGAUAGUGGCUACGAGAGCAGAUAUGCUGAUGGAAAGAGGUUUACAAGCAGCGGAUAUAGUGAAUAUGCUGCCCCUCCUCGCAAUCGUGGCAGUGACUCGACUUCAUUAUAUCGAACAAAGGAGUCUCGUUUUACAGAUGCAGCAUACAAAUGA